GAUUCGCAUCCGGGUCGCAGUGAGCCGCUUGCUCUCUAAGUGUGAGACUGGUGGAGGUGCUGUGCUAUCCGCGUUCUCUCUUCCCCGUGUGAUCGAGCCGCAGUGCCUGCUGGCGAGGAGUACCCACUGCCUCGAGCAGAGGGGGGCGAGGAGGGGACCUGGGAGCGGGCAGCGGCCGGGCUGGGCCGCUCUGGGGCGGGCUGGCGACUCUGCUCCUUCGCUUGCUGCUGUCUCUGGGAGCCGGGUGCCAGCACUGAGGAGUCUCCAGCCGACAGCGACCCCCUCCCCCGGCUCACCUGCCCGCCCUGCCGGGGAGGGCGGAAGAUGCCGGUGAAGAAGAAGAGAAAAUCUCCUGGGGUGGCAGCGGCAGUAGCAGAAGACGGAGGCCUCAAAAAGUGUAAAAUUUCCAGCUAUUGCAGAUCCCAACCCCCUGCUAGACUAAUAAGUGGAGAGGAACAUUUUUCAAGCAAGAAGUGCCUGGCUUGGUUUUAUGAGUAUGCAGGUCCUGAUGAAGUUGUAGGGCCAGAAGGAAUGGAAAAAUUUUGUGAAGACAUUGGUGUUGAACCUGAAAAUAUUAUUAUGUUAGUUUUAGCGUGGAAAUUGGAGGCUGAAAGCAUGGGAUUUUUUACCAAGGAAGAAUGGUUAAAGGGGAUGACUUCAUUACAGUGUGACUGCACAGAAAAGUUACAGAACAAAUUUGACUUUUUGCGCUCACAGUUGAAUGAUAUUUCUUCCUUUAAGAAUAUCUACAGAUAUGCCUUUGAUUUUGCGAGGGAUAAAGAUCAGAGAAGCCUUGAUAUUGAUACUGCUAAGUCUAUGUUAGCUCUUCUCCUUGGGAGGACAUGGCCACUGUUUUCAGUAUUUUACCAGUACCUGGAGCAAUCAAAGUAUCGCGUUAUGAACAAAGAUCAGUGGUACAAUGUGUUAGAAUUCAGCAGAACAGUCCAUGCCGAUCUUAGUAACUAUGAUGAAGAUGGUGCUUGGCCUGUUCUUCUUGAUGAAUUUGUUGAGUGGCAGAAAGUUCGUCAAACAUCAUAGCAAGAACUAUUGUGAAGAAAAUGCAAACCUUUUGAUCCCUACAUGUGUACAAGCUAAUGAGGAAAAAAGAAAAAAACCAAAGGGGUGCAUUUUCAUUCAUGUGAAAGACUUCUCAUAGUACUUUUUUUUUCCUUUUUUUUUUAAAGGAAGUUUUCUUGUUACAUGUUAUGGGAAUUGAGCCACACCUCUUCUGAGACUGAAUAUUGAAGUUUUUGUUUUGAGUUAUGUUUAUAACAUUUAUUUCAGAACAAUAAAGAUUCAGAUUUGUGACAAAGGCCUUAAAGUGAAGACGUCCCUUGAGUGUCAGAGUGGUAUUUAUUUUUGUAAAUUUUAAUUCUUGAAUUUUAGAGGUCUGUCAUACUAGGAAUUUGUGGAAUUUUAAAGAUUUUAAAUAAUAUUUGGCAGUGUAGUCUGCUGAUGGUAUAGCUCAUUAUAUGCAUCUCUGCACAGUUAGAAAGAAUAUUUAUUGGCCUUGACUUCUGAGGUAAUGAUUUUCUGAUGCAGCUAAUAAAAUACAUUUCUGGAUAUUGGAAGUGCUCCAACUUUCAGCUGUGGUUUUCUGUGAAAGCUGCCAACAUAUUAUGCACAGACUUUAUCUGAAAACUUUAGAAUUAGAAAGAUUUUGUCUAGUUAUUGUUUUCUAACCAUUAACUAGUAUUGUCAGUAAGCAUAAAUCAGCAUUGCAUGUAUAUUCCUAAUGUGGAUUUUAAGUUUUCUGUAUUCUAUCAGUUUAAAAAUUCCAUUUAUAUUUAAAGUACAAGGUUCAUAUAUUAAUGGUCUCAAAAUCAGACAACCUUAUGAGAGAAAUUGACCAGUAUUGAAGUUGUAUCAUCAACAUUGUUGUUGUUAGUGGCAUGUAUAUGAUCUUUUUAACUGUCAUUUUGUGAUUUGGGGAGUUUUCUUGACGACCCUGCUCUGCCCCACUCCAGCCUGGUCUCUUUCUCCUUUUUUUGGUCAUAAGAGAACCUUAGCUCUGAUAUGGAUUUAGUUAAAAUAUAUAUUGGAAAAAAUAGAAUAAGGACUCAUGGGAGAACUCUGGGUGUAAUUGUGCACAACUCAAGGGUGCCAUUUACAUUGGUACAGUUACAUUGCUAAUUAUCACAAUUUUCUGACUUGGCAAUAAAACAUCUUGAGGACAGGACAGCCUUUUUUCUAAUUCACACUAAAGGCAUCUUUUGGACUAGCAGCAUGGCUGUUUGUGCAUUCCUUUUCAAACCAUCCAAUAUCCCAGUAAUAUGAAAACCUUGUUCACAUUUACAGUCAAGUCACAACCUCAGUAACAUUCCUAGUUUCAUUGUAUGAGUAAAGUUACUUUUCCAUAAUAAGAACAUUUCUGUUGAGAUUUAAGGUAAAGGUUGAUUUUUGAUGGAUAGUUUAUUUAAUGAGUGAUUACAGUAGUGAUUACUUCAGGGAGAAUAGCAUUUUAAAGUUUUUUUUGUUUGUUUUUUUGCUUUUUGGUUAAUGGGCUAAGAGAAAAUGAUUGCUGUUUUCCUUCUUUUAAUGAAAUCACUUUGUACAGCUUUGUAAAACACUGAUAUAAUAAUGGAAAAUAUUUUUUCCCUUAAAUAUCUGUUAAAGAUAAUUUUCUUGGACUACUCCUGCCAAGUAUUAGAAUCACUGAAUUAUUGGAACUGAGCAUAUUGACAGUGUUAUGACAUUAUGAAUGGUGUUUUAAUAUUAAAUUUAUUAUAAGAACUGUCAGUCCUUGAACAACAUGGGUUUAAACUGUGUGGGUCUGCUUACAGGCAGAUUUUUUUCAAUAAAUAUGCAGUCGACCCUCUGUAUCCAUGGAUUCUGCAUCCAUGGAUGCAGAACCUGUGGAUAUGGAGACCAACAAUGGGACUUGAGCAUCUGCAGGUUUUGGUAAAUUCGGGGCUUCUGGAACCAGUCCCCUUCAGAUACUGAGGGACAACUGUAAAGCAUUUAGAUUUUUAGGCAUUUGAAUCUUUAUAAUUUGACUCUUCAAGGAUUAACUUCUGAACUUGAAGAAUAUUGCCCAUUUUUAUUUAAUUCCAAAACAUAUAACUUAAAUGAAAUUUUACACGUUGUCAGUUUUUGGCCUGAACAAAAUACUAUUGUCUUUGUCAUCUUCAGUGUUUGAGUGAAAUAAGGAACACUCCAAACUUAUAGAUGACCUUUAAAGAAAUAAAAUAUAUGAAACUAUUUACUUUGCUUACUUAUCCAGAUACUGUUAAGACUUUGAAUCUGAAAAUUGAAAUGAAACUUACUUUUUUCUCAAGUCAACAGCCCAAUUAUACCCAGGCCAUGCUUGCUUUACUGUCUUGCUCCUUCUAGUUCUCUUACCUUCUCAGAGUCAUAACAUUCACUUAUUUCGGAAGCAAAAUUACUCUGCCUCAUUCAUCUCAGGAUGCGGGCUUGUCCCUUCAUGUCUUUUCUUUUUUAAUUUAUAUUUGAACAUCAUUUAAUUUAUUGGGAAACUAAUGAUCAAGAGGUUAAGUGGUCGUAUAAGCAAAGAAGAUGGUAUUAAGGAGCCUGCAGCAUGAAAAAGAAAUUUUCUGUUGGGGAUCUUCUUUUAACUGCUUAGCUUUAAGUGCCUUCCCAGAAACUCUGUUGUUAAAAUUUUCAAUAUUACUUCAUUUAUAUGGGAUGAAAUACUCCAUGGUGCUUUAUAAUUGGAAACGACUUACUUCUUACAGAAUAGCAUACAGAUGUUAUACUACUGGAAAAAAGUAGAGCCAGGUGUUGAUUCUUAACUGUGAGAGCAUGGAGAGGUUGUCCCCCAACCCCUCAGAGCCAAUAAUUUUUAGCAAGGCAUGUCUUUAGGAAAUUGCCAGAGAUUCAGGUAACUUACUUGAAUAGGAGAUAAAAAUGGUGUAUUGUGUACUGAUCUGACUCUGUUGCAAUGUUUGUCUUUUAUUGUUUAACGAUUUCUUUCGAAUGCUUCCAGUAAAAUUCUUGACAUAAUCCAUUUUUGACAGUAAUAGUAUUUUUAUGUGUGAUGUAUACUUUUUGCUGAUUUGAGUUUUACUUUGUUUGAAGUACUCUAGGUUAGUGUUUCUUAAAUGGGAAUUUGAGGGCCUUCUAUGGGAAUGUUAGAUUGACCCUGGAGAGUACCUCUCUUAAAUACAAAUAAAUGCCUUUUCAUCUAGUGAGCCAAAAAUUUAUCUUUAAAAAUAUUGAUACCAUCACUGUGUGGGGAGGUAAGAAGGAGAGUAGAAUUUUAAAACAGAGUUUUUAAAGCAUACAAGUUAAUGUAAAGUAUUAAUGAAACAUUUUACUUUAAACAGAGUAUUUCUUCAUCAAAACAUGUUCUUUCUCCCUAAAUGCUUAUGGGAAGUUAUGAAAGCAUUUAUUGAAAUAUAUUACAUACUCAGCUUGAGAAGCAAGUAAGAAUACUGAUUUUUUUUCUUUCACUGCUUUCUUGAAGUGUACUUAAAACUGUUGUGAUAAUUCAUAAUCUGAUAAAGUUUUGUUCAGGCUUUCAAGGCUCCUGUAGCCUAAAGUUUUGUAGCACAUCUCUCGUGCUUAUCAAAUGUCUAAAGCAUCAAGUAAAUCGGGGACAUUUUAAUACAUAAUUUAAACGCAUUUCUAUGUUAAACUAAGAGAAAAGGCAAAAUAAUCUCCUAAUUAUACUUCUAAAGAAUUCUUAAAGAGGAAUUCUCUCUUCUUGAGGUAGUAUUACUUCUUGAGUGAUACUGGGAAUCAUUGCAAGGAAAAAUUUCAAAGAAGGGUUUACUUACUCUUCAGGAGAAAAGAGAAAUAACAGCAAAAUAUCUUUGAUUUCCUCAGGAAAGGCCUAUCUGGAUUAUUAAAUAUUCUGGAUCAUAUAAUUUUUUAAUGAAUUUAGUUUUAUUACUUUCAUAAAUAUUUGUUAACAGCCAGACAAAUUGCCUAUAAGUAGUACUGUGGAAGCCCGAAACCAAAUUUAUAUAGAUUAUAGAUUAUAUAAAGAUAAAUUCCUGCCCCCAGCCUUAGAUGAAUUAUCUCUAACUCACUAUUUAAUUGUAGAGACUUUUCUAGUGAACUUUUACUUCACUGGAGCAAAUCUUUAGAUCUUUUAAAGCACAAUUUAUUUACCUUUUCUCAAGUAUCGGUCUGAAUAAAACAUUAUAAAUUUGCUAUAUCCACUUUACAGUCUUUUGUAUUCUAUACAGAUUGUGCUUCCUUUUGCUCCUUUCCUAGAUCAGUUGUUAUUGGUUUGACCAUUCUUUUUAUUUUGUGUGCUUUGUCUGUAAUUUAUUAAAUCUUUUAUAAUAUGGCUUAUUUUUGCAUGGGUUCUGGUUUAUCAUGUGUUAAAUAUUCUUUAAAAUAUAUCCAGUAAAAAGGUUAGACUUUAACAUGAGUAUGAAUUCUUACCUGACAAUGCCAAUUUCAUUGGAGCUUUGUUUUAUUUAUUUUAUGGAUCUAUGGUCCAUAAAUAUAAGAGUUAUAUUGAGAUUUUCUUAGUUUUUCCCAAAAUUAUAUCAUUUUGAAAAAAUUUUAUCCUUUGCAAUUUUGGUUUUCUCAGCUUUAAAGUAAUAAUGAAAAUUGUACCACACAUGAUGGAUUGUUUUAAGUAUAAACUAAAACUGUGGAUAAUAUGAAAUAUUCAAACACAGUACUUAAAGUUAUUUUUAAUGCUAACAAAAAUAAGCAAAGUGGGUAUGUAUAAAACCAACUUUACCCCAAACCCAAUGGUUAGUGUGUGUGUGUAAGUAAAUUGAGUGUUACUGAGUAUUACACAUAAUUUAUUUUUCCAUGUAGAAAAUAGCUUGUGGAUAAAAGUCCUUCACGUAUUGUGGUGAAAAGAAAGUGUGCUUCCAUAUGGUUGCUGCCAGUUGCAUUUGAACCAUGAAAGAUGAAAGACUAAAUUAUUUAAACUACUUGUCAUUAGGGACUUAGUAUUAUUGUUAUCAAACUUAGCAAAAUUAUUUUUUGUGAGUAUUGGAUUAUGUGCAGUUAGUUUACCUUUAGUACUUUCCCUGUUUAUUAUGCAAAUCAAAUGGCUUAUAGCAAGUUUAUACACCGUUAUUUUUAAUCUACAGAUGCAGAAACCUUACCUGUUUUUGGAUUUAUAUCAUUCCUUGAAACUACUUUGAAUAUUGAGAGAGUUUAUAGAAGUAACAUCAGAGGAACGUGAGUUGGUGUCCUCUUUGUCUCAUCCUUGUCACUUUUAGACACAUCAUUUGACUUCUGUCAUCUUCAGUUUUAUUGUCUGUAAAAUAGUGAUAAUAAUACUUACCAGUAUUGUUAUGAAGUUCAAACAGGGCCCUAUCCACAGCACUAAGUACAUGUUGAAUGAAUACACCUUGUUGUUUGUUUAUUUAUUUAUUUAUUUAUUUAAUUUUUUUUGUUUUUAUGUGGACCAUCUUUUAAAGUCUUUAUUGAAUUUGCCACCACAAUGCUUCUGUUCUGUGUUUUGUUUUGACUGCAAGGCACAUGGGAUCCCAGCUCCCCUACCGGGGACUGAACUGGAACCCCCACCGCCCAUACUGGAAGGUGAAGUCCGAACCACCAGAGUGCCAGGGAAGUCCCAUAUAACCUUGAUGUUUAAAUAAAAAGCAGUUAGUCUGAAUAGUUUUUUUUUCUAACAUUUUUCCAUCCUGUAUAAAGUGGAAUAGCUGGGAUUUUGUUUUAUUAUACCACUUAUUAUUUUUUUUCCUUUUUUUUAAAAAUUUUAUUUAUUUAUUUAUUUAUUAUUUUUGGGGGGGUACACCAAGUUCAAUCAUCUGUUUUUAUACACAUAUGCCCGUAUUCCCUCCCUCCCUUGACUCCCCCCUCCACCCUCCCUCGAGUCCCCCCCACCCUCCCUGUCCCAGUCCUCUAAGGCAUCUUCCAUCCUCAAGUUGAACUCCCUUUGUUACACAACAAUUUCCCACUGGCUAUCUAUUUUACAGUUGGUAGUAUAUUAUACCACUUAUUAUAAUCUGACUUAUUCAUACACCUCUUGGACUAAAUAUUUCAAUAAAUCCCAAGCAUCUAGUAUGUUCCGAGAAGUGUUCUAGGCACAGAAUAGACAGUUAUUUCUGACCCUUGUGGGAUUUUCAUUUUAAUUGAUAAAAUAUGUUAGAAAUUGAUAAAAUAUCAUAUGGUGGCAUGUUAUUAAGUGCAAAUGUCAAGGAAGAGGUAUACAUUGAUAAAGUGAUAUUGAGCAGAAAUCUGAAGUAAACGAUUAAGCCAUGUGGAUAAUCAGAAGAAGAGCAUUCCAGGCAGAAGGACUUUAAAUCUGCUGUUCUGAGCUGGUAGUCUGCUUGGUGUUUUUAAGAAAAGGCAGGGAAAUCCUUGCAACUAUAGUGAGCAAGAUGAGAGUAUUAGCCUGGAUUAGAAAAUGAGGUUAGACAGGUUGGAUUGUGCCUGAUUGUAGUUAAUCACGUAGGGCAUUGUAGGCCUUUCCAAAGACUUAGACUUUCAUUGAGUGAAGUGGGAAGUGGUUAGGGAUCUGAUCAAAGCGAGGAUGGAAGCCUGUAGAAAUAGGAGGGUAAUACAGUAAUCCAGAUGUGAAGUGGUGUAGUUUGAAUGAGACUGAGGGCAGUGGAAAUAAUAAGUGGUCAGAUUCUGAAAAUAUUUUAAUAAUAGAGUCAAGAGUAUAUGCUGAUGGAUUAGAUGUGGGUUAUGAGAAAGAAGAACCAACAAUGAUGCCAAGAUUUUUAGCUUGAACUCUGAAUGAAGGAACCAUUUACUAAGAUGAAGAAGACUCAGAUGAGCAGGUUUGAGGACAGCAAAUUGAGGGUUUUAAUUUUGGAUAUGUUAUAUCCAGAUAUUUAAGAAACAAGAUUGAUAAUAUAUAAACAUAUGACAGAUUUAAAAGGGGGAAUGCUGUUUUAUUCUUGUAAUGAGGCUUUUUGUUUUGGGAUGGUAAUACAGUUUUACAUUUUAAUAUAUCUGAAAUGCUAGUUUAUUUUUUUCUGGUAGUUGGAAAUUGCUAUUCUGAUUCAAUUUGUGAGUUUUAGCACUAGAGGGCAGGCUUGCCUCUAGAUUGUAAAGAGCUGUGAAUGGAUUAAUUUAGCCAAAUGUAUUACUGUAUCUAUACUCACUCCCAGUUAACGAAUGGGUUCGUUUCUCAAGUGACAAAUGUGCUAUCAUAUUUCUUCCGUUGCUGGGAAAGCAAAAAAUUAGACUAGUGGUUGAUCUUAGUAUAUCUAGAAUUGACAGUUGAUAUUUGCAUAUGAAGUCCAAGGAAAGGCAAAUGUAGCUUACUGCAAUUACAUUAAGAUCUUAUAUAGAGGGUCCACACAUACAUGGACAUAAGAGAAUUUGAAGCCAGUCAGAAGAAAUGUUGGUCACGAAAACAUUUAUUCAGGAAAUAUAUUGAGCUGUUAACUUUGUGUUAUCAAUUGUGAUAGAGUUCAGGCUAGAAAGAUAAGUAAAAUAUAGUCCCUGUCUAAAUAAGUUUUGGUGUAGCAUGUUAUAGCACUUACUAUCUUGUGCUGUAUCUAUUUAAAUGUCUUUUUCCUUCAAUAAUAGGAAUCAUGACUCAUUUAUUUUUGGUACUUCCAAGUGCCCAUCACAGUGCCUGGUCUUAGGUUAGUUCAUAGUGUGUGGAUAAAUGAAUGAAAACAGACAGGAAAAAAAAAUAAGAACAGAGUCAGGACCGUUGCCAAAAGGCCCUAUUUUCUUUUCAUACUUUUUCCCUUGCAGGAAAGCCCUCCUAUUAACAAACACAAAAAAGGUUAUGGAGAUUAUUCCAACUCUCCAUCUUUGCUCCCACUCCUCUUGCUAAUGGUCUUCAUCUCCACCCAUGAUCAAGAGCAGUGAGUAGAAAUAACCUAUGGCAUUCAUAGAGAAUGGAAGUCUAGCCUUUUGAUGGUCACCUAAGUGGAGAAGAAGGAUAAAUGUGGAAGAUGAACAACUCCUGUCUGGCUCUUGUCAAUUCAAGAAGUUUGAGGUGAAACAGCUUUCUGGAAUGAGAGCACUCUUCUCCUUUUCCCACUGUUCACCCAGAAAGUUUUCCCACACAGAAUCUUGCUCCCCGGUCCUUUUAGGGUCCCUACCUCUACAUGCUAGUUCAAUUUUCUUGUAACAUGAGAAUAAUAGUUCCUACCUCGUAAGAUUGUUUUGAGGAAGAAAUAAUGUAUGCAGUAAACAUGAGAUACACUGGUGUCUGAAAAACAAAUCAGACUUGGUAGGAUGGAUUUGUGUUCAUUAAGUGUUAGUCAUUAUAUAGUAGAAUUAAAUGGCAAAAGAAAGUUGAUCUGCUAAAUCAGAUACAUUUAAAAAUGCAAAUCUUUUGACAAAUCAGUCUCUAAUGUCAAUGAUGUAAGCUGAUUUGUUUUAUUUGCUCCAUUAAUGUGGGGCAUUAUGGUGAAAUGGUUCUUCAAAAGGAUAUUAAAUGUGACUAAAUGAGAUGAUCAAUUUAGACUGUACUUGACACAAAGUAAUAAACACUCAGCAACAUUAGCUGCUGUAGCUGUCUUUAAAAGUGGACCAAUUUGGCCUCAUAGGAAAGACUUUUUUUUAAUGUUUAUUUAUUUAUUUAUUUUAUUGGCUGCGUUGGGUCUUUUUUUUAUCAUUAUUGGCUGUGUUGGGUCUUUUUUUUUUUUUUUUUUGCUGUGCCUGGGCUUUCUUUUUAGUUGCAGUGAGUGGGAGCUACUCUUCGUUGUGGUGUGUGGGCUCCUUAUUGCCGUGGCUUCUCUUAUUGCGGAGCACAGGCUCUAGGUACGUGGGCUUCAGUAGUUGCAGCACAUGGGCUCAGUAGUUGUGGCUCACAGGCUGUAAAGCACAGGCUUAAUAGUUGUGGCGCACGGGCUUAGUUGCUCUGCAGCAUGUGGGAUCUUCCUGGAGCAGGGAUCGAACCCAUGUCCCCUGCAUUGGCAGGUGGAUUCUCAACCACUGCACCACCUAGGAAGCCCUGCAUUGGGUCUUCAUUGUUGCAUACUGGCUUUCUCUAGUUGCUGCGAGUGGGGGCUACUCUUCAUUGUGGUGUGUAGGCUCCUCAUUGUAGUGGCUUCUCUUGUUGUGGAGCACGGGCCCUAGGCGCGUGGGCUUCAAUAGUUGCAGCACAUGGGCUCAGUAGUUGUGGCUCACGGGCUGUAGAGCACAAGCUCAAUAGUUGUGGCACAUGGGCUUAGUUGCUCUGUGGCAUGUGGAAUCUUCCCAAGGCAGGGCUUGAACCUGUGUGCCCUGCAUUGGCAGGCAGAUUCCUUACCACUGCACCACCAAGGACUUUUUUUUUUAAAGAUAAAUAAUUUAAAAUUAUAAAGCCAAAAUACUAUGUAUGAUUACAUUAUUUGAUUCUCUUAAAUCAUUGUUUCAGAAAUUUAAGUAGCAGGAUUCUUUUCCAAAAGAAGUACUUAGAAGCACAAUAUUUAAAACAGAGCAAAUUGACAUGCUCUGGUUGAAGUUGGAAACUCUUAAGUGUUUUCCUCUCACCACCCCCACUGCCACUAUCACCUCUGAGAAACCUCAAAGGAACCCCUAGCUCUGACUAGCAUAUUUUGAAAUCCACUGCUUCCACAUUUGCACUUUGGCCUGUCAAACGUGAAUAAAGUAGUAGAAUGAGAAAGCUUAGACUCUUCAGAAAUUUCCAUUUAAUUCUCUACAUAAAAGCCAAAAUGUGGCUGAUGUUGUUUCUGUAUGGAAUAAGAUGAGAUAUGUUUCAGCAUCACUGGAAAUGUUUAUACUAGUACUAUAAAGUUUAUGAUACUUCUGUCUUAGGUUUAUUAUCUAGAGUUGGUCUAAAAGGAAGUGAUGUGUAAGAACUGCCAAGAGAGAUUUGGAAUAGAUUUAAGAAUGAAUGAAUGAGUGUCUAGCUGAGGCUUCACUAUGGUCCCUUACUUUUAUAUAUAAAAAAAGAGUAUAGUUACCCUUGAAGAUUAUAAUCUUUAAAGGAGAAAGAGCUCUGUGUAUAGGGAUGGUGUUCAUCAUAAGUGUUCCUUGCUCUGUGUCCACUACAUAAUAAGGGCUUAAUAGAUGUUUAUUAAAUUAAUGAAAACAUUUACAUGGCUCUCUCCUUUCAGGUAACUGAAAGUUACUUGAAAGACAGGCCAUGUUUUAUUUAUCUUUUUGUGCCCAGUGGUAGCACAUAGCCAAUAAAUUAUAGAGUUUUUUUUACUGAAUAAAUGAAUGAAUGAAUGUAUACAUAUGUACAUAAAAAUUUACAUACCUACAUUCCCGUUAGACUAAGUUUCUUGAGGAGGGAAGAAACCAUGUCUUCAGCUCUUAGCAUAGUGCCUCACUCAGUAGGUUGUCAAAAAUGUUUGUAGAACUGAAUAGAACUGAAUUUUAAAUCGUACCAGAGUAGGUUCACGUAACUUGACACAGUGCCUUCUAAAUAGACACUAAAAUUAUUUCAUAAUUGAAAACAGAGAUCCCGCUAAGCAUUUUCUGAGUGAGGGCCUGUUGAAUAACAUGAGCAACAAGCUGUAGGAGUUCAGAGGAGAGAGAAUUCUUUGAACUGAAAUGGUCAAGACAGCUUCUCAGGGUCAGUGAGACUUGAUGAAGGUGAGUAGUACUUUGGUAUUUUCAGAACAUGAAUUAGAUAGCUGGAGAGGAAAGAGGCUGGGAACAGGGAGACUGUUAAGGAAGGCACAAUGUGGAAGGAACCCUGGGCUUGGAGAGCACAGAUCUGUAUUCUGAAUUCUGUUUUGCUGCUUAUUGGCCAUAGGGCCUUGAGAUUACUGUAGUUUCCUAUUCCUCUUCUGUGAAGUGGAGGUAAGGUUGUUGUUCAUACUGAUAUUGUACUUCAAAGUGUUUGUAAAAUGCUAAGUAAAACAUAAUGCUAUGCUUUGAAUGCAGUGGGUUCCAAAUAAAUGUUUGUUGAAUGACAAAGAAAAAAUGACAUUGAUUAAUGAAAAGAAUGGAAGCCCUGGAAUGUCAGCUCCUGCAAUCUGUCAGUAAACCUGUUGAGUCUUACGGGAAGAAAAGUAAAUAUGCAAAGCCACCAAAUCUCAUGAUCAGAAGAAAGACUUUUUGGAUCAGUUGGAAACUCCUAUGAGACGCUAAAGUUAUGUCAGAGGUGAAUAAGUCAUGAGCUUUUCAUGCUGACGUUAUUUCUAAGAUUGCUGCCUUAUAGAAGGAGGCAAACCACAAGAUAAACGAUGCAGAAUAGCUUUUUGAAAUAAAGCUUCCUGAAGGAUGAAUGCUUCGUUUGCUUUAACUGCUUGCAUCUUUACUAAUGAGUCAUUUUUUCCCCUUAAUUGUUAAUUUGUUUUAAAUUGGUCAUAAGAUGGUUACAUUGAGUAGUCUAAUGUUACACAAUAAUUGAAAGACGUUAACAGGCCACCAGCUGAAUGAGGGAAAAUAUGAUUCUUUUUGAGCUUAAAAUGUGUGAAUUGGUAAUAGUUACCUUGGUCUAUUAUGUUGUAAGAUUGGAUUUACUGGAACUUUUCCCUUAUGUUCAAAAGUCACAGCACCUUUCUUUGCCUCUGAAAUACCCUGUAUCUCUUCUGCCUCCUGUAGUCACUGAGGGUUUCACUCCUUAUUCCAAGUAUGAUUAUUUUAAGAAACAUCCUUUCCAUCCUGCCUGUCUUUGAACCACUAUCAAUUUUGUAUAUACUUUUAUUAGAGUGUUGAUAACACUGUAUUAUAACGUAUAAUUUACGUAUUUGUUUUCUUAACUAAACUGUGAUCUGGAGAGCAGGGAUUGUGUAUUUUUGCUUUUUAUUGUUCCAGUGUUCAGAACUAGCCACAGUAUAGGGAAAUCACUCAGUAAAUGGAACAAAUGAAUAAAUAAACAGAUAAAUGAAUGGUUUUGCUUACUUUAAGAUGUCUAUCUUUUGUCUAUGUUUUUUCACUGAUGGCAGAAAUUCCAGUACAGCCCAAUUUUUA